UAUGUACUGCGACACAACUUCUUUACUUAUUGUCUCCCCGUCUCUCUCUCAAGUCCUCAACUUUGAAGUAUGUUGCUAAGAUAUAUGAAUGUGGCUACUAGGUGCGCCAAUACUUCAAGUACUAAUAAUACUACACCAACUAGACAAAGAAAAGAAACCGAGUAAUGAAGACUCUUGCUGUUAAGAACUUCCUGAGAAUUUGAGUCGAGGAACCCAUAAUAUUGUAAGGCUAAGCAAACUACAAAGAUCAGAAUUUGCGUACUACUUUUUGUUAAUGAUGGACGAGAUUAUCUGAAGGGAUGGAGUUAGGUUCGACAAUUCCUGGAGAAUUAGACUGAUCUGGUUGUGUUUCUGAGUCUCUGACAGUACACAACACAAUAUCAUAUAAGGUCCAAUUGUUACUGUUUGGCCUCAACAUAUUCUUUCAGUCAGAUAUGUGUAUAUGAAAGUGGAAUUAACUAGAUGGAGGAUAACAUGGAAGACAUUGUGGAAAAUUCUCUUGAGUCGCUUAGUUCUGGAUAUUCUUCUGAUAAUAAUGAAAACUCCAGGGAUCCAGAAACUCAUCCCCGAGUUGGAGAUGAAUACCAGGCAGAAAUUCCAGAACUGAUGAUGGAAGAUGGCUUGCAAGAUUUGGGGAGACAAACUGAUUCUUUAAAUUGUUGGUCUGUGGGAUUACCUGUAUCAAUAAUGUGGGUAUAUGAUGAUGGCGAAAGUACUGAAUCUGAAGCCAUGACGUCUCGUCGUAAUCGUGAAUGUUUAACCGAUAUAUAUGGGUUAACAGCAAUAGAAAGAAGUCACGAGAAUGAAAUCUCUUCAUAUGAUGAAGACGCAAAACCAAAAGUUGACCCUCACGGAGGUAUUGUUCCCAGCUAUCUGAAAGAAACAAGGCAAAUAAUGCCUCAAAUUCAACCUGAAGUUGGUGCUAGUAGAACAGAUGUAAACUCGUGUUUACCACUAAAAAAGGAAACUGACUUGGAUUAUGGGAAAAAGGGUGGUCGCUUUCUUCCUGGUUUGGCAUCUAAUGCUUUGCAGGGCAUUGAAUAUGAUAGUUUUCUUCUUGGUCUUUAUAUAUUUGGCAAGAAUCUUCGUCUUGUCAAACAAUUUGUUGGGAGUAGAAAGAUGGGAGAUAUACUCUCAAACUACUAUGGAAAAUUUUACCGGACAGCUGAAUACCUUAGAUGGCAACAAUCUCGGAAGAUGAAAACCAGACGAUGUGUUCAAGGUGAAAAGAUUUUUACAGGAUGGAGGCUGCAUGAACUGCUAUCACGGAUGUUUUCUCAUGUGUCCGAAGAAAGCAAAAGGUCAUUAAUUGAGGUCUCAAAUAGAUUCAGAGAGGAAAAGAUUUCAUUGGAGGAUUAUGUGUUCGCAAUCAAGGAUUUGGUUGGUGUGGCUGUGCUUGUAGAAGCAGUAUCUAUUGGCAAAGGGAAGCAAGAUCUAACUGGAACAGCCACCGAUCCUUCAAGAUCCUCUCAAGUAUCACACCCUCGACCUGAAGUACCUAGUGGACAAGCAUGCUCUUCCCUUACAAAAGGUGAAAUCAUUAAGUUUCUAACUGGGGUUCGACUGAGCAAAGCUAAAGCUGGUGAUCUGUUCUGGGAAGCAGUUUGGCCACGCCUGUUAGCAAGAGGUUGGCACUCUGAACAGCCUGAGGAUCAGGUCUAUACAGGUUCAAAUAAUUCUUUGGUUUUUCUUGUACCCGGUGUCAAGAAAUUUUCAAGAAGAAAACUCUUAAGAGGGAGUCACUAUUUUGACUCUGUUACUGAUGUCUUGAACAAAGUCGCAGCAGAACCUGUGCAUCUUGAACUUGAAUCUGAAACAGAGAAUAUGAUUCAAGUCAAGGAAGAAGACAAGGAGGAUUUCGGGUCAGAGCCUGACGUGGCACCAACCAAGCGACGUCGUUGUUAUCUCCAACCAGUUAAAUCAAAAAGUAACCAGGAACGAAUGAAGUUUACCAUUGUCGAUACCAGUUUGCUUUCUGCCGGAAAACAAGGUAAAGUAACAGAACUGAGAGAUUUACCUGCUGACGCAAUGAAUUUGUUGACUCAAGCUUCUGUUUCACGUGAUACUGAACGAGAUAAUCCAGUAGAGUACCAGAAUGAUACAGAAGCGAAUUGUACUCGAAAGCAUAUGGACAAUGUAGUUGAAAUUGGGGCAUUAAGUGACUCAAAGGAACAUGUAAUCAGCAAUGCAACUAAUCAUAUGCCAGGAAGUCCAGAUGCCAGUAAUGCAUCUCUGAAAAAUCACGACAAGAUGAUGAAGUUUCACUUCAGUCGGAAGAGAAAAUCUGAAAAAUCAAGUAACAGCGAGUCUGACAAAGACCUAACUGCAUGUAAGCAGGAUGUGUCAAUAAAUGGUGCUAACACAAUAGAGGAAAACACCAAGCUAGAUGGAGCUAACUCACGUUCUGUGUCAAAGUCAUCAAGUAGAUGUGUUGUCAAGAAAUUCCGGUCCAGCUCACCUCGAAAUGUACCUGUCAGUUCAAACCCAGUGGAAAAUGGUGAAGAGAUGGUUUCGGAUAUAUGUAUGGAUAAAGAACCGUCGUUGGAAAAUCAGUCCCAGAUGUUGAUAGACCUGAACCUCCCUCAUAUACCUCGAGCUUCUGGUGCUGAUGACCCUGUGCAUAUAAAUAACAAUUCGUCGACCAUUAGACCCUCACUUUUGUCUGAAACAAGUAAUAAAGCUGAGUUGAAUCCCUUUGCAAAGGAGAUUGGAACUGAGGAACAGCCUGGAAUAACUAGUCGAAGACAGAGUACAAGAAACCGGCCAUUGACCACAAAAGCACUGGAAGCUUUUGCUUUUGAGUUUAGCAUUCCAAAGAAGAAGAGAAGGGGUGAGGAUACAGUGCCUAAAAGACGAUCCUAGGUCCACUUACCUAGGAAAAAAUCGCUGUUAAUCACAACCUGAUGAAAGAGCUGAAGACUUACUAAUCACUCGUGGAAAAGCUGUUGGGGAGAUCAAUUUGGUGAAUCGGUUUCCAUAAUAAGCUGAGAGAAAUAUCAAGCAGGUAGUCUGUUAAAUGCGAAUUUUUGAACUUGUUUUUUAUAGCCUUUGUAACAUUAAUAUUAUAAAGAUAUUUGUUUUUGUGUGCGCGCGCAAAUAUGCGCGAAACUGUUGUAGGAAAAUCAUAAGAGAUUAAACAUGUAAUACUUAAAUUAGUUGUUA